AUGCCCAUCGCGGAGGUGCAGCCUGACGUUGAUUCCCAGCCGCAGCCUAAGGAGCAGCAGCAGCAAGCGAGCACAGAGACUGGCAAAAAGAGCAAGGGCAGUUCGUAUUACUACUGGCAUGGACACGAAAAGGAGCGCGCCAAAAUGGGGGAUGUGGCGCCAUUGCCAAAACCACAGCUGGUGAAGAAGUCCGAUGAGAUAGCCCCCAUUGCGGGCGCUGUGAUGCACCCUAUCACGAAAUACAGCUGGAGCGACAUGGAAAACACUGUGACCGUCUACGUGGAUACAUUGUUUGAGGGGAAGGAGUCUAUGGCGCCCAACACGCUUCAGGUGGAGUUCAAGAAGCGAAAGCUAACGGUAUCCUACGUGGCAAAUGUUGAGACGUCCAAGGCGAGCGUAGUGCAGCGCACGAAGCAGCUGGUGCUCCACCUGUCCAAGACCAUCAAGGCGGAAGAGAGCAGCUACAGGGUAAAGGACACGAAUGGGCAGGUUGUGUUGCGGCUCCGGAAGGAGGAGGCGUCGGCGUGGUACGAUCUGGUGGACAAGAACGCCAACUUGGUUGACGAUGACUCUGCUGACGAGGAGCAGCCGAACCCUAUGGAGAAAGAUGACGACCUUGAGUGA